AUGCCGUAUUACGCCAGGUUUCUGUUUUUAGUUUUAUGUUUGAUCCUGCUUGCAGAGUGCAGGAAACACAGAAGUCGGAAAAAGCGGUGGUCUGCGCCGGCGGAGAGUCACAAGCCAGGCAAUCCUCUGUCGAAGAAGGUUGCGGAUGGAACCAAAGCCCGAAAACUGAAGACCAGCCACCUUCUGCGCAUAGACGAACAUGACUUCACCAUGAGGCCCGCUUUCGCAGGUCCAGCUGUCCCGGUUGGAGUGGAUGUUCAGGUGGAGAGUUUGGACAGCAUAUCAGAGGUAGACAUGGACUUCACCAUGACCCUGUAUCUGAGGCACUACUGGAAGGACGAGAGGCUGGCCUUCCCGAGCUCCACCAACAAGAGCAUGACCUUUGACGGCCGCCUGGUGAAGAAAAUCUGGGUGCCUGAUGUGUUCUUCGUCCACUCCAAGAGGUCUUUCAUCCAUGACACCACCACUGACAACAUCAUGCUGCGGGUCUUCCCUGAUGGUCACGUCCUGUACAGCCUGAGGGUUACAGUUACUGCUGCGUGCAACAUGGAUUUCAGUCGUUUCCCUUUAGACUCGCAGACAUGCACACUGGAGCUGGAGAGCUAUGCUUACACGGAUGAAGACCUGAUGCUGUAUUGGAAAAGCGGUGAUGAGUCCCUGAGCACCGACGACAGGAUUUCUCUGUCUCAGUUCCUCAUCCAGAAGUUUCACACGAGCUCCAGACUGGCUUUCUACAGCAGCACAGGCUGGUACAACCGUCUGUACAUCAACUUCACUCUGCGGCGUCACAUCUUCUUUUUCCUGCUGCAGACCUACUUCCCUGCCACUCUGAUGGUCAUGCUGUCCUGGGUGUCCUUCUGGAUCGACCGCAGGGCCGUCCCUGCCAGAGUCUCAUUAGGUAUCACUACGGUGCUCACCAUGUCCACCAUCAUCACUGGAGUCAACGCCUCCAUGCCUAGGGUCUCCUACAUCAAAGCUGUGGAUAUUUACCUGUGGGUCAGUUUCGUCUUUGUCUUCCUAUCUGUGCUUGAAUACGCUGCCGUCAACUACCUGACGACUGUGAGGGACGGUAAAGACCGGAAGCUCAGAGAAAAAGCCAGAGAACAGUCCCAGGCACUCCCAUGCACCUGUGGCAUGUCCCACGCCAGGACGAUGAUGCUGGACGGAACGUAUAGCGAGGCGGACGCCAACAGCCUGGCAGGGUACACGAGGGCCUCCAUUGCGCCUGAGGAUGCGUCGGAAAAACAGGAGCGAAUGGUGGUGCAUCUCUCCCUGGACAACGAGCCCACUGAGACCAAGAAGAAGGGCAUCCGUGGCUUCCGGAUUAUCCAGAACACCCACGCAAUCGACACCUACUCUCGCAUGAUCUUCCCUGGCGCAUACAUCCUAUUUAACCUGAUCUACUGGUGUGCGUACUGCUGAGUGUGUGCAUUUAACCCUAAACUGUAGCAGUGAAAGAAAAAACUAUGAAAUCUUAUCGUUGACCUUAGAAAACAGAUACAGUUGUUUCCAUUCUGCAUGUUCAGCUAGAGCAACGAGUUUGUCAGGAUGGCUAAAGAAUAUCAGAGACUUCUGGGUGUGAAUAUCUCCAACUCUGACUCCCCUGUCACUGCUGGACUGGACCACUUAUACAGCUUCUCCUCCUUUACAUAAUUAAAUCACAAGCUCAUAUUUACCCCAAUCAUACUUCGUGGGGAUGGUUGCACAAGUUGUGUUCCUUGACUAGUCUAAUGCAAGUUGUACAAAAGUAAAAAAUAUAUAAAGUCAGCCACCAGAUGCCCGAGGCUAUGACAACAGUAUCACUGUUGACUCUUCAGAUCUGCCAACUAUCAAUAUGCCCACUCCAAAACAGAGAUGACAGAAUAGAAGUAGAAUGAGAGUAGAACGGACAUUGAACAGUUUCCCGUGGUCCUUUGACUAGUUCAACAGAAAAAGGUGAUUGUUGUUAAUUGUUUUGGUGACAGUGGGGCACUAAAGUGUGUCACACUCACUAGUUUGAGAACUCGGUUUCGGUCUAUCGUCCACUACAAUCUUUUCCUUUUGUCUGUCCCCCGUUGGUGCUCAUCAUGUAGCCUCGGCCUAGAAUCACAUUCAUAAUAAUCAACGUCUGUGUGUCCUGGUGUUAGCGAGCCACAACUUAACUGAAAUGUCACCGACAUUGUACAACUACUGCUUGUCUGGCUGUUACUGCAGAACCUCACCUCAGUGACUUGAACCAAGACCGUCAAAAAGCUACACAUAAAAAUGGCCACCACUCUAACCAUCCUGGAAUGUCUGUCCACUCUAAUUUUAUUUCUAUAGGUGACUGCCUACCAGAUAUUAUGAUAUUUUAAAUCUUUUGGUGCUUGUUUGUAACUUAUUUUAAUAUAUCAUGUUUCCCUGCUUCACUCAUCACAGAAGUUUUUGUUAAAUGUCUUUGUAAUGCUUUUCACAAUGUGAAAAAACACGAUAUAGUAGUUAUUUCUGUAAGUUGACUUACAACAUCAUGUACCGCUGCGUCCACUCUGGCCGCCUUUUUUCUGACUGCCUUUCUGUCGCUGUUCAUGAUUGUAUCUGCUGUAGGUAGCUAGCUAUGAAGGGAGAUGAUGCCAACAACAUCACAUCUAUUUGAUUUGCUAAAUAAAUUACACAAGCGUGUGGUAAAUACAGGUCUUGAACAAAACUACAGAGGAUCUUCACAGUAAGCUGAAAAACACAAACCACGGUCAUCUCGUCACCUUAUAACGAUGGUUUUGGCGAAUUAGCUCCACAGAGCAAUAUCAGCAUCCUUUUUGUUUUGGCAACACAACCAAUAUUAGUCAAAGUUUACUCUCCUUUAAUCUCUGGUUUGGUCUCCAUCAACUCCUCAUUAAUCAAGUCUCAUGUGUCAGUGUGAUGAAUAUAGGCUUUUGAUCAGCAGAGCUUUCACAUUUUCACGACUGAAGAACAUAUAGGCCUAUCUGAAUUUAGACUGUCAGAUCUGAGCCAGUCAAAACUUUGUGCAACCAGCCCCCGUCUAGACUUCUAAACACCACUCCUCUCUGAAGUUCUCUAUCUUCAUGAUCACACUAUCAAAAUAAUAAAAGCAGAUCAUUUGGCUACUAUUGCCUCUGUUGGAUCUGACUGAGUCACAUAACUAAAAGUGUCCAGAGCAGAUGGCUAAUGAGGCAGUAAGUGAGUUAAAUACCAGGCUUUCUUCCCUUAACGGUGCUCCUACUACAGUGACAACAUUUCAAUUAAAGUGACAGUAAAUGCUGCUGCCCCCUAUGUGACUCAUGGACUACUGUUGGCAUUUACCAGACUGAAGCGUCCUAUAAAGCCAGGACUAAACUCCACACACCACUGUUGCUGAGAAGUCUUAUUUAUUUAUGUAUUGACAGCUUGUUCAUUCGCUGAGUUUCUUUUAUUUGAUAUUUAUAUAUUAAUUUUUAGUGUAGCAAUAGAUCCAUGUGCCAUUAUACCUGAAGUUGGCCAAGAUGCACUAAACAGGGCUUGUACAGGAACUGCUUGAAGCAUGCUACAGACGUGGAAUACUCUGUGUAUAUUUAUUAGGAAGGACUUAAAAACAUGGAAAGCUUUACCAGUGAUGUAACCAACUUGAACCGCCUUAAGUGAACAUUUUUUAUACAUCAACAUGGUUUAAUGGCUGUAUUUCUUUUUUUUAGAACUAUGAGUGACUGCAUAGUUAUGCUGGGGUUCCAUCCAAUUCAGCAUUUAAUCAUAUAGGUAAAUAGUAAACUAGAAGGUAUUUCUACAUGUGAUUUGUGAUUUCACUCAUCACAAGUACUACAGUUUCACUCCACAAUACUGGUUUACCAGUCAGUAUUUCAAAAGCAAAAUCUACCAUCAAAAAUAGCCAUUUUUUAAUGGAGUAGUUUUGACAUUUUGUAAUUUUCACUUGUAAAUGUACUUUAAUCUCAUGUGAGCUGAACCAUGGAGGCAACCAGCUUAAUUGAGCAUAAAAACUGGACGCUUGAAGAACGUCUUGACCUGCUCUGCCAGCAGCACCUCCAGAGCUCACUGAUUACUGUGUUGCAUCUUGUUUCUUUAAUCAGUACUCAAACAGAAAUGUAAGAAAGAAACUUGGGGAGAGACAAACUGUAGCCAUUAAGCUUGACAUUGUGUUCAUAUGCCGUUUCUGUUUCUGGGUGUUACUUUAAUAAUGAACGAGCCAGAGGAGGCAGCCGCCAGUGAACACAACACCAGACCUGCUAGACUUGGCUAGAAAAUCUGAGGUGAUUCCCAGGUGUGGCUUCCAGUCUUUAUGCAAAGUUAUGCUAACCACCUCUGGGCUCUAGCUCCAUACUUCUUGCACAGAUAUGACAGUGUUAUUGAAUUUUUAACCUAGCUCUCGGCAAGAAAGUGAAAAAUGUCAAACUACUCUUUUAAGGCCAAGGUCUCGACCUGAUUCAUAAUCUUUUCAUUAACCAAUGUCGCACUUUAGCUUCAUGGCAGCAAUCAUUUGCCAAAAGUAAAUGUGAUUUUUAUAUAUUUAUUUUAAUGGUACAUAUCAUUUUGGAAUGAAACUCUCAUAACAGCAAGUCAGAUGCUUUCUCAGCGCAAAAAAACAAAAGAAGAAAAAAGAGCAGGCUUGCAGAUCUGUCAGCUUCCAAACCAACAUCACUUCUACCUUCAUUUUCAGAAAAUGUUCAGAAUGUAAUGCUUUCAGAGCAAAUUUCAUAAAUAAAGACAUUC